AUGACUGGUGUAGCAAAACUAUUUGAUGGACAUAUUCUGAAUAAAUCCAAUGAAGAAGUUAAUCUUGAUUCCAAAGAUUUCAAGCGGAAAAUCAUCGGUCUCUAUUUCAGUGCUCAUUGGUGUCCACCGUGUCAAAAUUUCACUCCGAAAUUAGCUGCAUUUUAUCAAACAUAUGCACGAGAGAAAAACUUUGAGAUCAUUUUUCUCAGUUCUGACUACGAUGAAGCAUCAUCAUAUUAUUAUUAUCAACAUAUGCCUUGGUUAAGACUAGACUAUCGAGAUAGGCAGAAAAAACAAGAAUUAGAAUAUAAAUAUGGUGUAAAUGGCAUCCCGGCGUUGAUCCUACUGGAUGGCACGACAGGAGACGUUAUCUGCGCUGAUGCGAGGCAAUAUGUCGAAUGGCAAGAUCCUCAGGGAACCAAUUUUCCAUGGGGUCCUGUCAACGAACGAAAUUGUUGUUCACGCUGUUGUGUAAUGUGA